AUGAAAUAUAUUUUUCACCUGUGAUCACAGUACUUUGCAAAAGAAGUAGUAUCUUGAACUCAUCUGAAUGGCGUUUUUGAGAUCUGACUUCGAGCAGUACACUCUGCUUGGAGGCCUGUCUUUUCAAGGAAGCACGGUUGAUUUCUUAGCCGUCGAAGCUGCUGACGACUGUUUUGACCUUAUUGGGUGUCCUGACAUUUCGAAGCAGACUACAGAUUACUUCAGCCAUUGGGAAGUCAACGGAUUGGACCCUGAGGGCGAGGGUUCAGCCAAAGACGAAAUUGACGAAUUACUUGAGCAGUUCGAUUUUGGAGGGGGAAACCCUUUUUUGGCUCAAACCGAUGACAAAAGUAUCUUUGGACCUGAGGAUUCGACGAUUCAACAAAUUGAAGAGACUUUAGAAGACUUUUUGGAAGAGGAGCUGCGAAACCAAAUCAAUGAGUCCUUGCUUUCGCAGCCGCAGCAAAAUGCUCCUGCUAAAUCCACAAAGAUUCAUUUAUCCCAUAAUUCGAAUAAGGCUUCACCACCCGAAAAUUCUUUGCUACUUGACUCAUCGUUAUUAUCGCUCACUUUUUCUGCUUCCCAAGAUUUAUCGCUUCCGCUUAUUGCUUCGCAGACUUGUGGCAUGACUUUGCAAAUCGAAGCUGUUGAUGAGGUUGACUCGAACCGCGCAGCCAAUGGCGAGUUCUACAAGUGUGAACAUGAAUUGACCGAUGACCAAUUCGCCGUUCCAUUUGUUGAAAACGAUUUGUCGUUUGAAUUGCUAUCAAGCGACAAUUCCAGAACGUUUGAAGACACUUUCGCUAUGGAGCUCGAACUCUCGCAAUUCGCAGCUGGAGUACUGCAAACCGUCGAGGAAAGCAGCACGAGAGCAGGACUUUCGGGUACCAGACAAACUCCUCAUGUUCACUUUGAAAAUUCCUAUGACUAUAUUGAACCAAGCCUGGAACUAGAUCAGUUGUCUAAUGAGCUAGCACCACUCUUUGUUCAAAACUUGUUCUAUGAGACUACCCUACAGGACUUAUCACAAAGACAUGGGACAGAAUUUGACUUUGAUAACAACAUUGAUUAUGGGUAUGAUUCGGCUUUCCAAAACUCAUACGUUUAUCUGAAUGCAGAAGAAAUGCACUCCGCGACCGUUGGAAUCACUCCGCUGAUUUUGUCGACGGUACCAAGAUCGUUUCCAGAGGUACCCAACCUUCCAAUCCCACUUAGAGGUCUGCUAGACUUUGGGAUUGGUGGUCUGGCAUCCAUCAAUGAGUUUAAUAGGGGCGAAAACUAUCAGUUUGGGUCGCAGCUGACACCAUUUAAUUCUUCGACUACUGGGUCAUCAUCCAACCGCAACAGCCCACCACGGACACUGGACGGAAACCCCGAUGAUUCCAAACCUGAGCGUCCUAAAAGACCAAAGAAAGAAAAGAGAAAGUUCGACUACUCCUCGGUAAAGCCAAAGAAUCUCGUGGUCAAAGAGCCCCAUCUUCAGAAUGUUGCGAAAAACCCUCCACAGAACGUCGAAGAAUAUGAGAGUGUGCUUAUUGAGCUCUGGGAUCCAAGUCUCGGUGCAAUCAAAAGAAUCCGGCAUAUCCGUGGAGACAUCGAUUACCUUCAUGAUUUGCACCCUCAUGUAUUCUACGAAAGGAAUCCAUACUUCAAGCCACAUCGCCCAUAUCAGCAGGAGUUCACUAGAGUGGAGUUGAACCCCUUAACAGGCGCUCCGAUAAUGGAGACCAGAAGUGCUCUCUGUGUCUAUUGCGAGAACUUUCAUUUUUACGAGCUCAAAAACUCGUGCUAUUCUCAGCAUAUGAGCCAUUCUCAUGGGAUUUAUACGGAUGACUAUUUGACGCCUGAUCCCCUUUUAAUCGGUCGGUACCUGUUGUCAAAAAAAUCCAGUCCCACUAGGAAGACACUGCCAAGACAGAGAAGCCACGAGGGUGUCGUGUGUCCCGCCUGCUACGAAGUUGUAGAGAUUCUGUGCUGGUCGUCAACCAAGACAACGAAACCUCUUUCCAAUUACUUGAGGCACUUCAAGGAGAAACAUAGGGUGGAAAAACGAAAGGAGACAUUUUUCAGGUUACAUGCUUGAGACUCAUGUUACGUACUUCUUGUGGAAAAUUCUGCCAUUUGAGCUUUGAAUUGUUUGUGUUUAGAUUCGAGAUUCCCGUUUUCCGAAAACUGGUUUGAUACGGAAGCACCAGCCCAAUUUGCUCCGAACAUCCCAACAAAAAUAGAAAAAAAAAAUUGCUCUUGUUCAAAAAUUUGUAAGACUCAAAUUCAUGUAAAUUUCAACAUCAGUACUUCUUACUUAAACAUUGAUGAGCUCGUUCAAGAACUUACCAGCCUCACCCCUUUCCUGUGCUCUCAUCAAACUUUCACCAAUCAAAAAUCCGUCAACAUUGUCUUUUUUGUAGUUACUGACAUCCUCGACCAAGCUGAUUCCAGAUAAUGCCAAUACCAAAACAUCGCCCUUCCUUCCACUGUUUUUUGCAGCCAGUACCAAGGAGCUGGUGGUACCAAGAUCGACAUCAAAGGUAGUCAAGUUC